UCAUGCGUCUUAUAAACAGACGCAUGACGCUCAUGCGUCUUUUUUUUUUAAAUUUGACUAGAGACGCAUGAUGCUCAUGCGUCUUAAAGAGAGACGCAUGAGCGUCAUGCGUCUCUACUUCGAAUUAAACCAGCUGCGAAGGCAGUAGCUCCUCAUUCACGCACGCAGACAGCAAAGGUUGCGAUUUCCUUGGCGAUUUCUUGGCGACUCCCGUCAUAUUUCGAAAUCAUGCAAGUAUUCGUGAGUUUAUAUUGGGGUGGUAGAAUAUAUCAACUUCCUCAUGUGGGCAUUUGUUAUGAUCCUCCUCGUGCGAGAGCUUCCAUCGUAUUGGAUUCAUGUGUUUCAUUAUCUGAAUUAGUAGGAAUGAUAUGUGCUAAGAUAAGAAUAGAUUCCAACCAACACUUCAUCGAAAUAUCUUGGAGGCAUUGUUUCUUGGGUACCGGUACGAGUUAUGUAUGUACUGCGGUUGACAGUGAUCAAAGUGUGUUUUAUAUGUUCAAUGCGGCUCUAAAUUCUACUCGGCAUAUUGAAUUAUUUGUUGAGUAUUCGUCUGUUGGAAAUGCCUUAAUCCCACCAAUUGUUGAUCAUGGUGUUGGUUCAUCUACGAGGUUUGAACCUAUGAGCAUCGACUGCGGUAUGAAUGAGCAAACAGACGUUGCAGAUGUUGGAUUGAAUACUCAAGAGAAUGUACAAGAACAUGCUGAUGUUGAUGUUGUACGAGGAGACCUUGCAGAUCCAGAAUUGUCGUCAUCAUCGUCUGAUGAUAUUUUAAGUGAUGAUUCCGGUGCUGACUCUAGUGAUGAGGAGGUAGUGUAUAAACCCGUCGUACAAGGUGAACAACCACUUCCAGAAUAUGUUCACACUGGGUUGAAAUAUUUUCGCAAACUGCCAAGUGGUCGUACUGAGGUACCUGAAGUUGGUAAUGAACGCAGUACCAUGUACUGGGAUGAAGAACACCCAUAUCGGAUUAAUGGUGGAACAAAAUUUGAUAGCAAGCUGCAUGUGAAGACUGCUAUUACUAUGUGGAGUCUGAGGCAACACCGGCAAUUUAGGGUGGUUGAGAGUAAAUUAAGAAGGUGGCAUGCCGUGUGCAAAUAUCCAAAUGGGAGGACAGAAGAUGGGACAGCUAUUAUCAGCGAGACCGACGCUGACAAAGCGAAUGAAUGUCGGUGGGAAGUGUCUGUUACAUACAUGGCCCAUGAUGAUAUGUGGGAGAUUAGGAAGUGGCGGGGACGCCAUAGUUGUGAAGGUCAUCGUAAUGAUAGAGGACAUGCUAACUUUUCAUCACCAAUGAUUGCUUUGUGUAUUCGCCAUCAGUUGCUAAAAAUUGCCGAGUUUAGUGCCGCCGCCGUAAGAAAUUUUGUUCAUGACAAAUUUCAUGUGGUAGUCAGUUAUAAGAAGGCAUGUUUUCAAAACGCAGCAAGGGGGCCACUGUUCGUCGCCACUGCUGGAUCGUUGCCGCUGAACUGA